AUGUUGGAGUGGUUGGUGUGUGCAGCUUUCCUUCUCAUGGGCUCCACAAUUUUCUUGGGCUGGGGACUGCUGGAAAUAUGUCCCAAGGAACGAGCUGGAUUGAAACACUUUGCCGAAAGCAUUUUGUUGUGGGGCAAACUUUCUAAUGGGAAACGUGCUUCCAAGUUUAACGUUCCGAAACGUUGGUUCGCCCACUUUUACGUCACCGGACUGUUGGUCUCGUCAACUGCCCUGGGGAUGACUGUGUUUGGGAGACAGACGUUGACCAGGGCCCUUUUCUCCCUGCCGCCUUUUGGGCCGGGGUCAGGCUCAUGCAGCGCCGCCGUCGGUGAUUAUGGUGGAUGGCGUCCCCAGCGCAACGGCGGCAUUUCCGUGUUCCUGUUCCGAAGAUUCUCCGUCUCGUGCCUGGUCUUUUUCGGCGCCACGGGGACGGGCACCGGCGCCGGGUCCCGCGUGAAUGGAAUGUUGGGUUGGGCGCGCAUCGGGAAAACGUAUUCUGUACGUACUUAUGGUGGAUGGCGUCCCCAGCGCAACGGCGGCAUUUCCGUGUUCCUGUUCCGAAGAUUCUCCGUCUCGUGCCUGGUCUUUUUCGGCGCCACGGGGACGGGCACCGGCGCCGGGUCCCGCGUGAAUGGAAUGUUGGGUUGGGCGCGCAUCGGGAAAACGUAUUCUGUACAACCGUGGCGAAUCCAGUUGGCACUGGCACUGCUGACGAUCCAGACGAGCCGUCGACUUUACGAGUGCGUGUUCGUGAGCGUGUUCUCGGCCCAGCGGAUGGAGUGGUUCGAUUACGUCGUCGGGCACUGAGCCUCAAAACAAGCUCAUUACAUCCCAACUGGAUCCAUCUCAUUCAACUACGUCUCUUGUCCGCAUUUCACCGCUGAGAUCCUCAUCUACGCUUCCAUUUACGUGAUCCUUGGCCCGAGGCACUUGGGCUGGCUCGCGGUUCUCUACUGGGUUAUUGCGAAUCAGGUUUUCACUGCAUGUAUGACACAUGCGUGGUACAAGAAGAAGUUCCCCGAGUAUCCGAAGCAGAGGAAGGCGAUUUUUCCGUUCAUCUUGUGAAAGCGUUUUCACAUAGCCCACCUGAAAGAAAACGCCGUCUUGUGAUUUCAAUGGACUCAUUUAUUUCAUCAUUGAUGUCCGAUGCGUCCUAUUUUUCAGGCAUUACAGAAUUCGGUUCGUGAAAAGGAAUGUUUUCAUUCGUCGUGAUUCAUUUGUCGCGAUUUCUUACGAUAAUUAUUGGUUUUUAAUUUAUUCAUGGGUAUCGUGAUUCAUGGGCUGGUGAUUUUACAAUGCAACUGUGAAAAAUCGGGCGUUGUUCGCUGUUGAACUGGGUUUGUGGAAAAAUGAAAUUUUUUGCAGAGAUACUCGUA